AUGCAGUACCGCGCUGAAGCGUAUCCGUUCAAGACGGUGGCUCCGCCACCAAUGGCUGCAGGGCGUGCCACCAUGCCCCCAAGGAAUGGGACGGGAACCGUGUUCCGCAGGCAAAACACAAUGUCACGCAGCAUGGAGCUGCCGCAAAAUACGUUGCGGUCGCCAUUCAAGCCCGACCCUGGAAGCAGGGCACCCAUGAUGAUGCCGAGAUGCUCGACUGCAAGCAUCUUUAAUGGCGCACCGACCGUUAAACCAAGUCCUAUAAUGCCUCCGAGGACAUUAAAACCUCAGACAAAGUUGAUGGCUGGGAACGGAAUGAGGACGACGGUGUUGCCUCAGCCACGCCUGCGUAGCAGCUCAUUAACAAGAAGUACGAUUAUCCCUGACAGAUCGCCUGCAGCAAUGCCACGUCAAGGAACUGGGAUGUCACGUAAAAAUUUUACACCAAGCUCAUACGUGACUGAAGUAUUUCCCACGUACAAUGCGGCACAAAGAUCAUACCCUCCCUCUAGAGCCCCGACAACACCGGCGCAGUAUCGCUCAAGAGCCAAUUCAUCGACUGUUAUCCAUCAAGGACAACGUGCCCCGCAUGGCAAUGGGGUUCACAUUGCGUUCAAGGGCAGAAACCAAAUGAAGGCUUCUUCAGCUCAGCGGAGCCAGUCAGUAUUUAAGGAAGUGGUAGAAAAGAUUAAGGAACACACCGCCGCGCUUCCAACCAUCGACGCGAAGGAUGCUGCGCAGUUAGUAGGGGGGUUCGUCUCCGGCACGCUCAGCGUGCUUGCCCACAUCGUCGGCGAUAUUCGCGGCGACAUCAUCAACGGCCUGUUUAAGCCGGAGGACCCCACAUAUGACGCUGCAAAGGCGUACUAUUACGCUGGAAACAACCACCCUACCAUUCCAACCGGGAUGACCCAGCGCAUUGACUACAUUGAGGAAAUCGACAAGUGCACCCAGAUGAGGGCAGGCAACAUGCGUGGUGGAAGACGGAAUUCAAACGCACAGAGGCCUGUGCAGCCUAUGCAUUCUUACCAUGAGCAAAGGCCAGAGCCCGUGCGUAUGCAUCACCCACGGCCCAGCACGUUCGGACAUGAUCCCCACAUGUUCUCGGGAAUGUCAGAGCGAUCGCUAGAGGAAUUUUUGCUCAACGACUCAUACUUGGACUCUGCGCCACCAUCGAUGCCUAGAUGA